AUGAGCGACAGGUGGCUAAAUUUUGCGGAACACCUCGGCGCGGUCUUCAUCCCUUCUCUUUUUACACCCGUGCUUCGGCCUGUUAACGGCGAAGUUUCUUUCGGCUAUCACUUUGUAUACAAUUGCACGCUAAGCACGUACAAGGUUCAUCAGCUGUUUCUCAUAGCGUAUUCUCUUGAAGUAUGGACUUGCGAUCGAACGAUGCUUCCCGCUGCUAUGGUCACCUUGUCACCUCUCUGGGUGGUCGGACUAAGUCAUAAAUUCCACUGCAAUUUAUGCGAAUACAAAUCGUGCAUACAAGCAAAAGUGAAGCGUCAUCUGAGAAAUGUGCACAAGUGUCCGAUGGAUGAGAUGACGUAUAAUCCUGUUCCGGAUAUUCGCCUGAAGGUAAUCGACAUGAAGAUGCAAUGCUUCCCUAAAAUGGACGAGGCGAUGGAUUUCCGUACCAACGCUACAUCGUCACCCCUGGAUUCGUCAUACGCGUCUCCGGCGGUCGGCAAGUGCAAAGUCGUUUCUGCCGACGAGGCUGGAAGCCAAUCAACCUGUGAUAAACCCUGCACGUCCGAUUCGGAAGACUCGCUGCAGAAGUUGACCGAUGGCAUGGAGUCGAUAAGUAGCCUUAUGAAUUCGAUGCUUGGCACAUCGGACUUGGACCUGGACGAUUCCGGUCACAAAGGAGAAAUGUCGAAAGAUGAAAAUUCCGCUGCAGCCAUUAGUAAGAUCCCUUUGAUUUGUUUUCCUCUUCUAUAACG